AUGAUUAUAUCGAGGUACCCCUAUCAUAAGAUUGACUAUCAUUUCCAGAAUUACAUCGACUCAACACUCGAGGGAAUAGAUAUUGUAGAAUUUGCCAGAUUCUACAAGCAGCUUGGUUUCUCAAGAGGCGAAAAGGAUGGGAACUACGGUAUAUUUUUCCGAGAAUGGGCACCGCAUGCCCUCCGACUGAGUCUAGUUGGAGAUUUCAAUAAUUGGGAUCCCAAAGCGAAUGAAGCCACCUCCAUCGGAAACGGUAUUUACGAGCUAUUUUUACCUGAUACGAUCGAGGGGUACUUUUAA